AUGAUAAGAGUAAUUGAUGGGUGGCCGUUUACAGUGUUGCUCAUUCUAUAAGCAAUUUCGCUGUUUAAAUGUAUCAAUUGAGGUUUGAAAACCUGUGAAGAUUUCAUAUAAAGAUAAAUUAAAGUUAAUUCAUAAUCAUAUCUUAGAGAAAUAUUGAAGGAAAUAUAAUAGAAAGUGUUUGACUGCGUCAAGAAGAGACAUUUAUCGGUGUAUUGUAUUAUUUUAUAUUGAGAUGCGAUUUGACGGGAAUCAUUCCGUCGUGGACAUACGGACAAACGUACCAAAUCAGCAUACAUACAUGGAUGAACGGCCACAGAAAAUAAACGCCUCCCCGACGGCCGCAAGCGAUCCACCGUCGGUUUCAACAAACAAUGAAAUGGAUAACAAACAAGUUCAAUCCGCCGAAAAACAGCUUCAUCGUGCAUUUUUACAAGACAGUUUAAAUACUUUGGACUCAUUACAGAAACAAAAUGUGAAUUAUAGUGAAAAUAAUUUAUAUGGACGUAACACGGUUACUGAAGCAACAAAUUUAGAAGCUGAGAUGUCGCUAAGACAACACCAUCAUGCACGGUCAUCUACACCGGUUGAUGUUUACGACAGUGACAAUGAGGAGCUCGAUCCUGUCGGAGACGGCCGGGACUCUCUCGGGUCGCCAGUACAAUCCCCAAUUACCUCGCCUGUCCCUAGAGAAUCCGAACAAGAUGUGUCAAUUGAUAUGAGGGAUUUUAAUGACAGUUCUAUGGACGAAAAUUUCAGUGGAAAUGAUUCAAGCGGUGUUAUGGCAAAUAUUGCGGGAACAAGUAACAAGAAAAAUGGUAAAAGUAAUUUAGUUAAACCGCCAUAUUCAUAUAUAGCUCUUAUAACAAUGUCGAUACUACAAUCCGACCAGAAGAAACUGACACUUUCUGGAAUAUGUGAAUUUAUUAUGAACAGAUUUCCAUAUUAUCAUGAAAAGUUUCCAGCUUGGCAGAACAGUAUAAGACAUAAUUUAUCGUUAAAUGAUUGUUUUGUUAAAAUUCCAAGAGAACCCGGUAACCCUGGUAAAGGUAACUAUUGGACCCUGGACCCUGCCAGUGAGGAUAUGUUCGAUAACGGAAGCUUCUUAAGACGCCGGAAACGCUACAAGCGCCACCACGCUGAGCUGAUGGCUGCUCAAAAUGCCUCUUUUAUGAACGCUCACCCGUCAUUUUUUCACCAUCAUGGAUUCAUGCCACAGGGAACACAUUCCAAUGCAGUCGGAGCAUUUCCGUAUCCCCCGUACAUGGCAUCAUCAUUGACGCCACAUUUACCUUACGUCACGCAAAAUGAAAUCGCACGUGCUCAAAGCGAACUGACACGUGCACAGAUCGUCAACCACCCAGCAUAUCUUUCGCAGGCAAUGCACCAUCAGUUACCGACUUCACCUACGCAUCCAGUGACGUUAUCGCCGACAUCACGUAAAUCACCAAUUUCAUCGCCGACGUCAUCUUCGACGUCGUCAUCAACACCAAAAACUUUUUCUAUUGACAGUAUUAUUGGAACAAAGAAGGAAAAUUCCAAGAAAUCACCACCACCUAGUCCAACUACAACAACAACAUCACCAGUUAUUCCAUUUAAGCCUACUGGGAUACCAUCAGCCGCGCUGAACACGUUCAAUCCUUUAAUGUCGGUUCGAUCUGGAGCCAUAGACAUGAGUAGACUUAGCAAUAGUGCAUAUUUAGCACCGUAUAUGAACCAAGCUACGGCAAUGAACGCGUUGGACAUAGAAAAAUAUAGACAAUAUUUACAGGUUUAUGGCUUACAAGGCUUUCAAGCCUGGCAAAGGUGACUUUGUUACAAGAACUGAUUAACGUGAGAAAUUAUGUUGACAUUUUUGUGCUAAUUUUUAUAUUGAUUCCAAACACGAAAUGUAAGUAAAAAUUAAUGUUGUCAUUUUGUUUGUUCAUUAUUAGCACGGAAUUAAUUCUUAAUGUGCUUGAUUUAUCGAAGAAAUUAAAAAGAAAUUAAUACUUCAAACGCCUCUUUAAGAUAAAGUUGAAUGACAUAACAUGUAAUGAAUCGCUGUGGUAAUCGGUUCAAAAUUGCAAGAACUUAUUCUACCUCAGUUUAUUUAUUAAAUUAAAUUCAAGCAGGCAAUUGCCGCCAUUGCGGUAAAACAAAAACAUUUGAUACGGCUUUUGUUCAGUCACAUUAUGCAC